AUGGAUAGCUGGGAAUUCUUGAGGGAGCCAGCUUCUCAUCUGGCCAUCUUUCUCAGCACUGCAGUGAUGCAAACUGGCUUACCAGAGAGUCGGAUGCCCAAAGGCUUCUCGCUUGAAGACUUCAAUUUCAGUAAAGUGUAUAAGUGUAUCCACCAAGUAGGCCAGAAGGCUAUGUGUGAUGUUACACGAAGAAUGUAUUUACAUUCUUGUGUGAAUUCUACUGGGGAAACAGUGUCGGUGCGAGAGUACUCCAAGAAAGUGUCGUGCCUGAGUUCAACUAGACAGAAGACUGCAUUUUCCAAAACAGUCCAACCACUACCUGAUAAAAACAUAAUGGAACAGGAAUUUGAUAUAUCCUUUGCCUACAAAUUAAUGACUACAGUAUGUUGUAAUAUUUAUAAUGAGUUGGAUAGUAAUUGCCAGCAAAACAUCGCUAACUUAAAGUCAUUGAGGAAUAAAAUAAGUCAUAAGUAUCUUUCUAAUCAUUUAGAUAUAACAGCUGAGAUUGAUAACCUCAAAAAAGUUUUAAAGGAGAUUUAUAUAGGUGUAGGUGAUACUCUACAAGAAGAUUUUACAGGAAAUAUUGAAAUAAUGGAGAAGACUCUUUCUGAUAUCUAUGAUGCUCAAAUUCGCCAAGAUGAUAUGAUAACAUAUGAAGAAGAUGUUAAGGCAUUUAAGAUGGACAAGACACUCAAGUUGAUUGCUCAUGGUUGCAAAGAACUUAAGACACUUUAUGAGAAAAUUAUAAAUACUAUAGAGAAUUUUGAUCUGGUGUUUCUUGUUGAAGUGCGAACAGUAAAGUCAAAAACCCUGACAGAAUAUCUUACUCAGCAAAGACUCCCUAAGACACACAAUGAACAGUUUAAAGACUCAUUUGAAAUCAUACCAUUACUGCAGGAGCUAGACAUACUUUUCGUCAUUGAUGGUUUUGAUGAAGCUGGUGAUGAAGCUAAGAACAUAGUAGAAGAAAUAUUUGCAAAGUUUAGCAAUAAACGUAUAAUACUAACAACCUGUCCUGAAUAUCACACAGAUGCAGUUUUGUUAUCAAACAGAUAUGAUGUGGAUUGUCUUUCAAUUGAAGUUUGUGGAUUUGAUUAUGUGGGAUUAAAGGAAUUUACCAUAAAAGUUUUCACUGCAGUUGAAGAAAAUGAAAUGAACAGAGAAAUACAAAUUGGUGAAUUUUUAAAGUACAUUCGUGGACGUGGAAAAGUUUUGGGAAGCCACCUUAAACUUCCUCUUACACUAGCCCUCUUAAUUUAUCUCUGGAGGGAUAAUCCAGAUAUUCUUAACAGAGUUACCACUGCCACAAAUCUGUAUUGUGAAUUGUUCAAACUGUGUCAAGAAAAGCUUGAAGAGAGACUUCAUGCUGGUUUACUCACAGGUGCAGUACAGAAUGUUGUGCUGUUUCUGGGUAAACAAGCUUGGUUCAUGCUCCAAUUGAAUAAUACUAGAAUUUGUAUUUCUGAAGAUAUUAAGAAAAAAAUUAUAGAAAAAUGUGAGUAUGAAAAAAUUGAUGAUGUAGAAUUUAUGUCUGCCUUUCUAAUGUGUGAGAUUGAUGAAAAUAAUGAAGCUACUGAAAGCACUUAUGCAUUUCUACAUAAAACCCAAAUGGAAUAUCUUGCUGCAGGAUUCUUAGCAAAUACCGUGAUAGGUGGGGAGACAUUAGACAGCAUUUGUAAUAACACUACUGAGUGGUGGAAGUAUCGUGAAGUAAUUGUGUUUCUGACUGGCCACUUGGCAAUAAAUCAUAUAUUGGAAAGGAAUAUAGGACCACUAUUUACUUUAAUAAAAAAAUCAGAAACUGGCAUUGGUAAUUAUAAUUUUUGGUGGAAAAUUUUGACUGAAGCACUCCAUCACAGAAAAGUUGCAGACAUUAUUGCUAGAGAACUGCCUUUAAGGAGAUGGGAGCUGAAUGAUACUCAUGUUGUAACAGGACUCCAACUUUUAAGUAACACUCCAGUGGACUUACAGGAGCUUAAAAUUGAAAUGCCCAGUAAUGUUGAACCUUAUGAUAUUCCAGAAUUACUAGAUACAAUGACCAACUUGAGAGACAAAUUGAGAAAUCGAUAUGACAAAAACAAUCCCAUCCUAGUCGAGUUGCAUUUCUGGCGGCAUAAUGAAUAUAACACAAAACUAUCCGAUGAUUUCAUUCGUACACUUCGCCCAUGGGGUCAUCUCACAACCUUCACAGGCUCACUUGGAAAUCAAAAAAAGGGAAAGGAAGUUCUUAGUUAUUGCUUCAAGCUGAAAAUAAUUUGUGUCAGAAUCAUGACUUUAGAAGCCCUCAGAUCUCUAGGUAACAGUUUAUCCAGGAUACAUAAAUCUGUUAAUCUUCUUCGUGUUACACUUGCAUUGCCUGUCUACAAUUGUGCACCAGAAAAGUUGUCAAAUCUGCAGAUCAGUGGUGACUUAGAAGUAACUGUUCCUGACAUAAAGGAUGAAGAUAAAGAAUGGCUAAAAGGAUGUGUCAGACAAAUAUGCGGUGGGUAAGUGAUAAAUCAUUUAU